UUAAUUUUUUUUUGAACUUUCGUACUAUGAAUGUAAAACAAACAGAAAUGAAGCUUCCAAAGAAGGCGAAUAAUCAAAACUCAGAAUCACUUCUAGUUCAAAACGCAGACCUAAUCCUCCCAUGGCUAACCCAUCAACAGCUCGCCACUCUAUCCCUAACCUCCAAAUCACUCCACAAUCUCUCUCAAUCCAUAACCCUAAAUCGCAUCUCCGACGCUUCCAGAAACUUCGAGAAUUUCCCAAUCCCAUUCCUCAACAACAACAACAAUCAAAACCACCCUUACUCAUACUUUCUCUACACACCUUCACUUCUUCUCUCCAGCACCAACAACAUCCCUCGUUACCAACCAUGGGGUGGCAAUUCUGCAACUUCAACAAACCCUAAAACGAUUGGUGAUAAUGAUAACGAUGAUGAUGGAUUGGUGAGUUUUGUUGAUGUGGUGGGUUGUGACUGCGGAGAGAUUUGUGGGGAAGAAUGUGGGUGUUUAGGGUUUUGUGAUGAUGUUGGACGGGAGUGUGGACCGGGUUGUUUUUGUGAGGUGGGGUGUGGGAAUAGGGUGAGUCGGAAUGGGGUUGCGGUUAGGGUUAAGAUUGUGAGGUGUGGUGGAGAGAAAGGGUGGGGUUUGUUUGCUGAUCAGGUUAUUCGUAAAGGAGAGUUCUUGUUUCAUUAUGCAGGUGAACUAUUGACAACCAAAGAAGCACAAAGGAGACAACAAUUCUACGAUGAAUUGUCAUCGCGUGGUCGUUUCUCAUCUGCACUUUUAGUUGUAAGGGAACAUCUUCCAUCUGGAAAUGCAUGUUUGAGAUUGAACAUAGACGCUACAAGAAUAGGAAACGUUGCACGGUUUGUAAAUCAUUCAUGCGAUGGCGGUAAUUUAAGCACAAAGCUUAUUAGAAGUUCAGGAGCUUUGUUCCCCCGCCUUUGCUUCUUUGCUCUGAAAGAUAUUCAAAAAGACGAAGAGCUUACUUUUAGCUAUGGAGAAAUCAGGAAAAGGUCCAACGGGUUGCCGUGUUACUGCAACAGCCCUUCUUGCCUUGGAACACUGCCUUCAGAAGACACUUGAAAGUUGAAACAUGUAUCGAGUUUUAUUUUGUUUUUAAUGAGAUGAGGAGGGGCCCUCGUUUCGGGGGUUGAGAUUGUGUGUAAUAGGAAAAGGUAGUUUUCAUGAAUUUGACAAUAGUUCACAACAUACAUUGUAGCAACAACUAUGUAGCAUCAACAACACUUAAUAUGGAAGUGUCGUGUUCAAUUUUCUCCAAUUAGUAUCA